UGUCCCUCCUGCAGAUCAGUGAAGACAGGUCCUGGAUCAGUCCACUGUCUCUUUUCUGUCACAAGACAUUUUCACAUUUGUCUCCAGAUUUCACGUCACUGCUGUGAGCGACUUUAUUAGUAGAGAACAGUAAAAACCAGAAUACAAAUGAUUUAAUGACCUGAUUUAGUUUUGGUUUGAUGUCCUGUAGCAGCCAUUUAGUGAAAUAUGUAUUAAUAGAGUCAGUGAGUUGUGGAAUAAUGUGCUCUGAGUUUAAAUGUUAGAAGAGGAAGUCGACUUUCAGACAUUUUGUCCUUCAAGAGUGUUUCUGAGCCAAAGGCUGAUUUCAGUUGAUGUGCAGAUGAAUGAUUUGUGUUUCCUCUCCAGAUGAAAGUGUGUGUGAGAUGAGCAGCAUGAAUCAGUGUGAGGACAGAGAGGAGGGAGGCCCUCCCUCUAAAACCACUGGACCUGGACCUGGACCUGGACCUGGACCUGGACCAGGACCUGAGCCCAGCUGUGUGUCCAUCAAGAGUGACUGGUCAAAUGAUCGUGACAUUAAUUUUAAAGAACAACCAGCUCCUGCUGUAAAGAGGAGACCAGCCUCUACUGGACCUGGACCUGGACCUGGACCUGGACCUGAGCCCAGCUGUGUUUCCUUCAAGAGUGACUGGUCAAAUGAUCGUGACAUUAAUUUUAAAGAACAACCACCUCCUGCUGUAAAGAGAGUCGACCAGGAGAGCUCAGAGGUUCCCAGAGGUCCGUCUGUCCAGCAACAUCAGACACACCUGGACUCCAUAUUUAUGCUGCUGGAGGAGAACAUUGUGACUUUUGUGAAGAACGAGCUGAAGAAGAUCCAGAAGGUUCUGAGUUCAGAUUACCCAGAAUGCUCAGAGAGUCAGAGGGAGGAUGAGGAGGUGUUGGACAGUGAGGAUGAAGAGCAGAGGAGGAGCAGCAGAGAGGCAUUUCUGAAGAUCACACUUCACUUCCUGAGGAGAAUGAAGCAGGAGGAGCUGGCUGACUGUCUGCAGAGCAAAAGUCAUUCUGCAGUUUGUCAGCGUGAACUCAAAUCUAACCUUCAGAAGAAGUUCCAGUGUGUGUUAGAGGGGAUCGCUAAAGCAGGAAACCCAACCCUUCUGAAUCAGAUCUACACAGAGCUCUACAUCACAGAGGGAGGGACUGCAGAGGUCAAUGAUGAACAUGAGGUCAGACAGAUUCAAACAGCAUCCAGGAAACCACACAGACCAGAAACAACAGUCAGGCAAGAAGACAUCUUUAAAGCCUCACAUGGAAGAGACGAACCAAUCAGAACAGUGAUGACAAAGGGAGUGGCUGGCAUCGGGAAAACAGUCUUAACACAGAAGUUCACUCUGGACUGGGCUGAAGACAAAGCCAACCAGGACAUACAGUUCACAUUUCCAUUCACUUUCAGAGAGCUGAAUGUGCUGAAAGAGAAAAAGUUCAGCUUGGUGGAACUUGUUCAUCACUUCUUCACUGAAACCAAAGAAAUCUGCAGCUUUGAAGAGUUCCAGGUUGUGUUCAUCUUUGACGGUCUGGAUGAGUGUCGACUUCCUCUGGACUUCCACAACACUGAGAUCCUGACUGAUGUUAGAGAGUCCACCUCAGUGGAUGUGCUGCUGACAAACCUCAUCAGGGGGAAACUGCUUCCCUCUGCUCGCCUCUGGAUAACCACACGACCUGCAGCAGCCAAUCAGAUCCCUCCUGGGUGUGUUGACAUGGUGACAGAGGUCAGAGGGUUCACUGACCCACAGAAGGAGGAGUACUUCAGGAAGAGAUUCAGAGACGAGGAGCAGGCCAGCAGAAUCAUCUCCCACAUCAAGACAUCACGAAGCCUCGACAUCUUGUGCCACAUCCCAGUCUUCUGCUGGAUCACUGCUACAGUUCUGGAGGAUGUGUUGAAGACCAGAGAGGGAGGAGAGCUGCCCAAGACCCUGACUGAGAUGUACAUCCACUUCCUGGUGGUUCAGUCCAAAGUGAAGAAGGUCAAGUAUGAUGGAGGAGCUGAGACAGAUCCACACUGGACUCCAGAGAGCAGGAAGAUGAUUGAGUCUCUGGGAAAACUGGCUUUUGAUCAGCUGCAGAAAGGAAACCUGAUCUUCUAUGAAUCAGACCUGACAGAGUGUGGCAUCGAUAUCAGAGCAGCCUCAGUGUACUCAGGAGUGUUCACACAGAUCUUUAAAGAGGAGAGAGGACUGUACCAGGACAAGGUGUUCUGCUUCAUCCAUCUGAGUGUUCAGGAGUUUCUGGCUGCUCUUCAUGUCCAUCUGACAUUCAUCACCUCUGGAGUCAAUCUGCUGGCAACAAACAAACAAACAAAAGACCGUCGAUCUGCAGAGAAACGUCUCUACCAGAGUGCUGUGGACGAGGCCUUACAGAGUCCAAAUGGACACCUGGACUUGUUCCUCCGCUUCCUCCUGGGUCUUUCACUGCAGACCAAUCAGACUCUCCUUAAAGGUCUGCUGACACGGACAGGAAGUUGCUCACAGACCAAUCAGGAAACAGUCGAGUACAUGAAGAAGAAAAUCAGUGAGAAUCUGUCUCCAGAGAGAAGCAUCAAUCUGUUCCACUGUCUGAAUGAAGUGAACGAUCGUUCUCUAGUGGAGGAGAUCCAACAGUACCUGAGUUCAGGACGUCUCUCCACAGAUAAACUGUCUCCUGCUCAGUGGUCAGCUCUGGUCUUCAUCUUACUGUCAUCAGAAGAAGAUCUGGACGUGUUUGACCUGAAGAAAUACUCUGCUUCAGAAGAGGCUCUUCUGAGGCUGCUGCCAGUGGUCAAAGCCACCAACACAGUUCUACUGAGUGACUGUAACCUCUCAGAGAGAAGCUGUGAAGCUCUGUCCUCAGUUCUCAGCUCCCAGUCCUCUAGUCUGAGAGAGCUGGACCUGAGUAACAACAACCUGCAGGAUUCAGGAUUGAGGCAUUUGUCCGUUGGACUGGAGAGUCCACAAUGUAGACUUGAAACUCUCAGACUGAGUGGCUGUAACCUCUCAGAGAGAAGCUGUGAAGCUCUGUCCUCAGUUCUCAGCUCCCAGUCCUCUAGUCUGAGAGAGCUGGACCUGAGCAACAACAACCUGCAGGAUUCAGGAGUGAAGCGACUGUCUGCUGAACUGAAGAGUCCACACUGUGUCCUUGAAACUCUCAGGCUGUCAGGCUGUCUGAUCACAGAGGAAGGCUGUACUUCUCUGGCCUCAGGUCUGGACUCCAACCCCUCCCAUCUGAGAGAGCUGGACCUGAGUAACAACAACCUGCAGGAUUCAGGAGUAAAGCGACUUUCUGCUCAACUGAAGAGUCCACACUGUGUCCUUGAAACUCUCAGGCUGUCAGGCUGUCUGAUCACAGAGGAAGGCUGUUCUUCUCUGGUCUCAGCUCUGGACUCCAACCCCUCCCAUCUGAGAGAGCUGGACCUGAGUAACAACAACCUGCAGGAUUCAGGAGUGAAGCUACUGUCUGCUGAACUGAAGAGUCCACAAUGUGUCCUUGAAACUCUCAGGCUGUCAGGCUGUCUGAUCACAGAGGAAGGCUGUACUUCUCUGGCCUCAGCUUUGGACUCCAACCCCUCCCAUCUGAGGGAGUUGGACCUGAGUAACAACAACCUGCAGGAUUCAGGAGUGAAGCGAAUUUCUGCUGAACUGGAGAGUCCACACUGUGUCCUUGAAACUCUCAGGCUGUCAGGCUGUCUGAUCACAGAGGAAGGCUGUACUUUUCUGACCUCAGCUCUGGACUCCAACCCCUCCCAUCUGAGAGAGCUGGACCUGAGCUACAAUCAUCCAGGAGACUCAGGAGUGAAGCAGCUGUCUGCUCGACUGGAGGAUCCAGGCUGGAGACUGGACACUCUCAGGGUGGAGCCUGCUGGAGUCCGAUGGUUGACACCAGGUCUGAGGAAGUAUUCCUGUGAGCUCACAGUCGACACAAACACAGUCAGCAGAAACAUCAAACUGUCUGACAACAACAGGAAGAUGACAAGUGUGGAGGAGGAUCAGUCAUAUCCUGAUCAUCCAGAGAGGUUUGAGUCCUGGUGUCCUCAGCUGCUGUGUAGAACUGGUCUGACUGGUCGCUGUUACUGGGAGGUCGAGUGGAGAGGAAGAGUUUAUAUAACAGUGAGUUACAGAAGAAUCCGAAGGAGAGGAGGCAGUACAGACUGUUGGUUUGGAUGUAAUGAUCAGUCCUGGAGUCUGGACUGUGAUGAUAGUCGUUACUCUGUCUGGCACAAUAACAGAAGAACAUUCCUCUCCUCCUCCUCCUCCUCCUCCUCCUCCUCCUCCUCCUCCUCCUCCUCUGGUAGAGUAGCAGUGUAUGUGGACUGUCCUGCUGGCACUCUGUCCUUCUACAGAGUCUCCUCUGACUCACUGAUCCACCUCCACACCUUCAACACCACAUUCACUGAACCUCUUUAUCCUGGAUUUGGACUCUACUUGUCCAGUUCUGUUUCCUCCUCAGUGCGUCUGUGUGGUGUUUAGUGUGCAGAGUCUCCUCCUGUCACAGAAACAUUGUCAGUGCUGAACAGUUGAGUCUGUACAGGAUCACAGUCACAUCAAUCUUUCAGCUUCUUGUCAUAAAUUCAUCAUCAACUUUGUACAAAAUGAUUCAAACUGAUUGAAAAGUUUCUUCAUUUACAUUUGAAACUUCUUCCAUUAAAUUGUGGAAAUUGCGUUGACUUGUACUUUCUGUCAUGUGUUGUUUUGAAUUCUGGCUCUUGUUCCAAUAAAAUCCACAACUAUCAGUGAAAUGUAAGAAACAGAAAACAUCGACUCGUCUGCAGCUUUAAUUGUAAAGAAUCAUUGUGAACAAAGUUGUAAAUGGACAGUAAAAUCUGAUCAAAUGUACUCGACACUCCACCUGAAACACUCUGACUUGUUUCAUGUGUUUGUAAUGAUGAAACUAAAAGUUUGAUGGUGUUGGUUAACACAUGUAAUUAUGUCCGUAGUGACAGAGUCAUAAACUGCACAACAUCUCUUCAUUUCUGUCUGAUUAUUAUAUGAGAAGAAAACACAUUUGAAUGACAAUCAUUGUGUUUCUCUCAGUGUUUUGUGGCUGUUGAAGUCCGGCUGUAUUUUCAGGACGUUUGUUGGAUUUGAAUCUGGUCCGUCAAACUAAACAGCUGUGAGAAAAGUCUUUCUCUGUCUGAGCCGGUUGGCUGAAGAUGUUUGGAAGUCUGAGAGCCGGAUGAAAUACUGAAACACUUUCAGAGAUCACAAACUAAACUGUCCUGAUGAAGUUUUUAAACAAGCACUGAAGAGAUUUGAGCUCAUGUUUGAUGCUUCUGAACGUUGAUGUUCAGAGCAAAGAGUCCAAAACUUGUACAAAUUGUUCCUUUUUGUUUAAAUGUGACUUUGUUUGUGAAACGAUCAGCUGACGAGUUUAUAAUCAGACUGAAAGAUGUCGCACAGCGUCACUGAAAUGUUUCUCCUCUGCUGAAGU